AUUGACAAUUAAAUUCCUUCAAAAUUGUUCUACUGUGACGUGUGGGAGAGGUGCUCGGGGACAUUGUUGCAUCAAAUUUAAAGAAGACAGUGGCAGACAAUUGCCAAACGCACAUAUAUGCUUGGAACCCGCUUUAGGGUUUUAGCGAAGCCGCAAUCCGUUUACCACCUCAUCAGCAACCCGAUCAAACUUGCAGCGCCAAGCCUCUUCCGUCAUUUUCACAUUAAGACUCCUCUUCAAUCUUCUCCGGCCAACAAAGCUGCGAUGGACGGUGGACAUGAAGACCCAGAGAAGAAAAAGAAGAAGGAAGAAAAGGCAAGAGAGAAAGAAUUGAAAAAGCAAAAAGCAUUAGAGAAAGCUGCCAAGCUUCAGGCGCAACAAGCAUCCAGUUCUUCUAAGAAGAGUGAAAAGAAGAAGGUAAAGCGUUCCAAUGAGGAAGAGGAUAAUCCAGAGGACUUCAUCGACCCAGAGACUCCAAUGGGCGAGAAGAAACGGAUGUCUAGUCAAAUGGCGAAAGGGUACAGCCCAAGUGCUGUAGAGAAGUCGUGGUAUGAAUGGUGGGAGAAAACGGGGUUCUUUGUGGCAGAUGCUAACAGCUCCAAACCUCCAUUUGUCAUUGUUUUGCCACCUCCCAAUGUGACUGGUGCCCUUCAUAUUGGACAUGCUCUUACUGCUGCUAUUGAGGACACUAUAAUUCGUUGGCGGAGAAUGUCUGGAUACAAUACCUUGUGGGUGCCUGGAAUGGACCAUGCCGGGAUAGCAACACAGGUUGUUGUAGAAAAGAAGCUAAUGCGCGAAAGCCAGUUAACCAGGCAUGAUAUUGGCAGAGAGAAAUUUGUGUCUGAAGUUUGGAAUUGGAAAAAUAAGUAUGGUGGCACCAUUUUACAGCAGCUCCGCCGUCUCGGGGCUUCUUUGGAUUGGUCCCGUGAGUGCUUUACAAUGGAUGAGAAAAGAUCAAAGGCUGUGACUGAGGCUUUUGUAAGGCUUCAUGAGCAAGGGCUUAUCUACAGGGAUAAUCGCCUAGUGAAUUGGGAUUGUGUCUUGCGGACAGCAAUAUCUGAAAUUGAGGUGGACUAUAUUGAUAUAAAAGAAAGGACAUUUCUAAAGGUCCCUGGGUACGAGAACCCUAUUGAAUUUGGGGUUCUAACUUCAUUUGCCUACCCUCUGGAAGAAGAUUUGGGUGAGAUUAUUGUGGCCACAACUAGAGUGGAAACUAUGCUUGGUGAUACAGCUAUUGCUGUACAUCCUGGUGAUGAAAGGUAUCAGCAUCUUCAUGGAAAGCAUGCCAUUCAUCCUUUCAAUGGAAGAAGGAUUCGUAUAAUAUGUGAUGCGAUUCUCGUUGACCCAGAGUUCGGGACUGGUGCUGUAAAGAUUACCCCGGCUCAUGAUCCGAAUGAUUUUGAUGUUGGAAAGCGCCAUAAUCUUGAGUUUAUCAACAUCUUUACUGAUGAUGGAAAAAUAAACCAGGAUGGUGGAGAAUUUGCAGGGAUGCCACGUUUCAAAGCCCGAGAGGCGGUGACUGAAGCACUAAAGAAGAAGGGCCUCUUUAAAGAAGCUAAGGCCAAUGAGAUGCGCCUUGGAAUUUGCUCUAGAAGCCAAGAUGUUGUGGAGCCCAUGAUUAAACCCCAAUGGUAUGUGAAAUGCACUGGUAUGGGAAAAGAAGCCCUUGAUGCUGCUAUAGAUGAAAAAAAGAAGCUUGAGAUCAUCCCGACACAGUAUACUGCUAAUUGGAAGAGAUGGCUUGAGAACAUUCGUGAUUGGUGCGUCUCAAGGCAACUCUGGUGGGGCCACCGUGUUCCUGCAUGGUACAUAGUAUGUGAGGGUGAUAAUCCGGACAAUUUUGGUGCAUCAUAUGAGCGGUGGGUGGUUUCAAGAAACGAGGACGAGGCCCAAGCACAGGCUAGUAAAAAAUAUGACGGGAAGUUUCAAUUAUUUCAGGAUCCUGAUGUGCUGGAUACAUGGUUUUCUUCUGGUCUCUUCCCCCUGUCUGUGUUGGGCUGGCCGGAUGAUACAGAAGAUCUGAAGGCAUUUUAUCCUACUUCAGUUCUUGAAACUGGGCAUGACAUUCUCUUUUUCUGGGUUGCUCGCAUGGUGAUGCUUGGAAUUACAUUGGGUGGUGACGUACCUUUUACGAAGGUAUAUUUGCACCCAAUGGUUCGUGAUGCACAUGGGCGUAAAAUGUCAAAGUCCUUGGGGAAUGUCAUUGAUCCACUUGAAGUAAUAAAUGGUAUUUCCCUUGAAGACCUACACAAGAGGCUUUUGGAGGGGAAUUUGGACCCCAAGGAAUUAGCUGUUGCCAAAGAAGGGCAAGUAAAGGACUUUCCUAAGGGUAUUGAAGAAUGUGGAGCAGAUGCUCUACGUUUUGCUCUUGUCUCUUACACUGCUCAGUCUGAUAAGAUAAAUCUGGACAUCCAAAGGGUCGUGGGUUAUCGUCAAUGGUGUAAUAAAUUGUGGAAUGCAGUGCGAUUUGCCAUGAGCAGGCUUGGAGAUGAUUAUGUUCCGCCCUCGGAUGUAAAUCCAGAUGUGCUUCCUUUUAGUUGCCAGUGGAUUCUCUCAGUACUAAAUAAAGUCAUAUCCAAAACUGUUUUGUCACUGGAAUUGUACGAGUUCUCAGAUGCAGCCACUUCAGUGUAUGCUUGGUGGCAGUACCAGUUGUGCGAUGUUUUUAUUGAAGCUAUCAAGCCUUACUUCUCUGGUAACGAUCCAAAGUUUGAGUCUGAAAGGGUUUUUGCACAAGCCACACUAUGGUUAUGUCUCGACAAUGGGCUGCGGUUGCUUCAUCCAUUUAUGCCAUUCGUCACAGAAGAACUGUGGCAGCGGCUUCCAUCACCAAGGGAUCACAAGAGGCCAACAUCAAUUGUGAUAUCCGAAUAUCCAUCCACUGUAGAGCGCUGGACAAAUGAAAGGGUGGAAUCAGAGAUGAACCUUGUAGAUUCUGUUGUGAAAUCUCUCCGUUCACUUGCAAAAGAAAGUCGUGAAAGGCGGCCAGCUUUUGUGCUUUGUCGGACACCGUUAGAUAGGGAAAUACUAUGCAGCCAUCAACUGGAGAUUGAAACCCUGGCCAAUCUGUCAUCUUUGACAGUAAUCAAUGAGAACGAUGCUGCUCCAACUGGAUGUGUGGUGUCUGUUGUAAAUGAAAACCUUUCUGUCUAUCUCAAGCUCCAAGGAAGUCGUUCUAUAGAAGACGACCUUGAAAAGAUCCGGAAAAAGAUGGAAGACAUUACAUUGCAGCAGGAGAAGCUAUCUAAGGCGAUGAAUGUAGCUGGUUACAAAGAAAAGGUCCCUGAGAAGAUUCAAAAAGCCAAUGCUGAAAAGCUCGACUCGCUUGAGAAGGAAAAAUUGUCGCUGGAAGAAGCAAGCCAACACAUGGAAGCACAGAUAUCUUCUGAGCAAUGAACACGAGUGAUUUUCAAUUUUGUCCAGUGACUUCACUUACAUGCAGAGACACCUUCAAGGAGAGAAGGAAACCCCAAAAGGACGAAAUUUCGCGUUGCAUUGUUGUUAUAUGUAAUACAUUUGGAGAAUUAGACUACAAAUUCUUAUACAAUAACACUGCAGAGAUUUAAUAACUUAAAAAA